AUGAAAUUAGCAUGCAUCACCUUUCACGAUCUAUCAGAAGAUGCUACAAUUCUUUUCGCGUCCGAAUCUAAUUUUGACAUUCUGGGAUAUCACCCACAAGAUAUCUUGGGUCAAUCAUGCUUUGCGUACAUCCACCCAGGGGAAGUAUUUUACGCUAGAACAAUCUAUAACCGUGGGCUCUGGUUUAAAAGCGCGUCAGAUCUCUACCGCGUGCGUAUUCGAACGAGAGGUGAUAAGUACAUAACCUGCGAGUGUUGGUUUACUGUGGUGAAUGAUAUUCUAGCUGUAUGCUCAAGGAUCUAUUCCAGAGGAGGAAAAAGCCAGUUACGUGCAGUUCGGGCGACUCAAAUCAGCCAUAUUUUUUCGGGAUACUCUAAGGAUCCGCAAUAUCACAUAUCGAAGCUCCCGUCUUGGACCGUUCAUAUACACUCUAUAGUGGAUAAUCCUCGCGCGGCCUUGAUUCUAGAUCGAUUUACCAGGUCAUUGACCAUCUUAUCUGCGACUAAUAAAGCUGGCCAGAUACUGGAAAGCCAACUAGAGCACUUGAAGGAUAAGAGCUUUUAUAACUAUAUCCAUGACGAAAGCCUCGCGCAUGCCGAGGAAUGUUUAGAGAAAGUUAAAUGUGACGAUUCCAUUGUCUACUUCGAGUUUCUUUUAAGGAAUCCGCAUGAGAAAUAUAAUGUUGGGGACCCAGACGAGAAUAUCGAUCAGGAAGAAAUGCAAGUUCCACAAGGCUUCCAAGCAGCUGAUUCAACAACGCUUCGGAAUCGUGGGAAUAAACAGCCAAUCUACCCAUUAGAAGUUGAAGUCAUGGUUUUUAGCACCUCUGACGGCCUUCUCGUGGUGCUACAACGUAAGCCAGCUGCAAGGGUUUCCCCUUUGAGGAACUAG